AUGAUUUGUCGCCACACUUGCGUUUGGACCUCUACCCAUCCGGAACGAACGGCCUAUACGAAACCCAUCAGUCUUGCAGAUCGAAUGAUUAAGGCGAUUCCGAGCAAUGUAAGUCAAUCGUUCUGGGACGAAGUGAACACAAAUCUCACACGUGCUGGCUGGACUCCUGACGCUCCCGCGAUCGGGUCGACUGUCAACAUGAUUGAUCGGCAAUUGAAUCGAUUUUUCGUUCUCAACGGUCUCCUCUGUAAGAAAGUCGUACCACUUGAGAUCGUCAUCGGCACUGAUCUGCACUAUAUGUUUGAAACCUAUGAUGUUACUCCCACAUGUCCACAAGGUCGAAGAGCAGUGGUAACUCUACGAUGUGACAUGGGAUUUGAUUACGGUUUCGGGGAUGAAUUUGGUCUAUUGACGCACCGAUCCGCGUCUGAAACGCUAGAGGUACCACCCCUCUGUCCGGACGGGACAUGUGACGGAUGUCUUUAUCAAUUUCUCUGGACCGGACUUCAGGCGUGUCCGAUUUGCCGAAAACAAGAUUUCCGGCAAAUUGUUGGUGAAUGUCAUCAUGGCAAACGGACAAUUUACUGGUCUGCACCCAGAGGAUGUCGGAUUGCAGAAGGAACUUUGUUGAAAGAGAUCCAAUCCUGUCCGAUGGUAACCAGAGGCCAGCUUGCAGUUAUCAUUCUGACUGUGCUCGUAAUGGCUUUCCUCACUCUGAUUAUUGUCAUCUGUCAUCGACGGAACAAGCGUCUGGAAUACAAAUACAUGAAAUUGAUCCAGAGCGCAGAAAGUCGCGCGCAACAGCCAACCAGUUGUGCGCUGGACGAGCCCGAAGAGGAUAAUGUGGACAGUUUCAGUCGUCGUACGGUCCGCCCAGAUGGUGCACACAAUCUGGGCCUCGAACUGGAACCGACCGCGCUCGCUUCGAUUCGCUCAUUCCCGAAAGUGCAAAUGCCCCGGAUCGGGCCGAUUGUAUAUAAGGCCACCUUAAGUGCUGGAAAUGAAUUAUUCAUGAUGGCUUUUCGAUUUACUCGUCUCGACAAGGCUGCAUCAAGGACAGGAAGUGAUCAGCUCCGAAAUGUGGAUGCUAGCAAGAAUGACCCCGGCUUCGUGAUGUAUGAGGUGUGUGUGUUUACUAUGGGGACUUUAUGUGAAACGCAUGCUGUCCCAUCCCCCUAA